GUUACGAAGCGUAUCGUUGCUGUUAUUCUUUUCUACUUCCUUUGUUGGACACCACAAUGGACGCUGAACCUUAUGUCUCAGUUCAACGUUAUUCACGUUUCCUGGAUGACACCAGCGCUUUCGGCGAUGUUCUUCGUUGCUCAUCUCCUGGUCUGUUUCAACUCAGCAGCUAAUCCAGUACUCUACGCGCUGAUCAACCGUGAGCUACGUCAACAGCACGUGAUGGCGAUGGCGAGGAAGCGGCAAUCGUUCACUCACGCCACCCAUGACGCUCUUGAGUUCGUCGUCCGGCACACGCACAAGUCUGCACUGGCCAUCACUAACCUUAACACUACCGCGAAACGGCUGGUCACGGCCAUGUCCACUACCCUUACUUAA